AUGUUGAAUGAGAAUACUCCAAACAGAGCUCAAACACCUGGAUCAGAGGAUAAUAGCUUACUUAAAUCACUCUUAUCAAUACAAUUGACAUCUGAAAUGUUAACAACUGAACCACAUGCUGAAAACCAGGGCAGAAGAAGACAUCAAGAGAAAGAAGACACCUCAGGUCAAGAUUCUUCAUUUGAUCGUUUAGUUUCAAACUUUUCUAGUAUUCAAAGACAGAAAAAAGAUGUUAAGCGAAUUCCAGAAUUUGAAGAACACUUGAAAGAAUUCUCUUCACUCGUUCGUCAAUUCCAAAUUAAGGGAGUUGUCCUAAACCAACAGGAAAUUGAGGAAUUUCUUCGUGAUGAUAGAAAGGGAAACGAUGAAGUUGAUCCAAAUGUUUUGAGUAAGAUUAGAAGUAAGGAAUUGGAGAGCUACAUUAGAACUCUUGGUCCAAAAACCAUUCAAAUGAUGUGUGAUUGGAGAGAUCGUUUCCAUAGUGUUCAUGAAAACUCAAAUGCAGUUCUCGACUUUUCUGAUAAGAAGAAAAAGGUUGAGGAUAAUAUGAAAUUAAUGAAGAAGGCCAUGGAAAAUGUAAAUGCAAUUCCUCCAGCACGUAGGGAUAGCUUAUCAACACCAGUUGGUGGUAGUGGAAGGAGAGAUUCCUUACCUCUCAUCAACUCGUCACCAACUGGCUCACCAUCAGCAGGUAGUGGAAUGACCCUUACCACAACUCCUGGAACUCCAACAAGUCAAAUCAGAAGUGGAAUGACACAAUCUAAAAGCAGUGUAAAUAUGUUGUCUCCAACAACUACAACAUCUUACAGCCCAAUACCUAGAGCUAGUAGACAGAGAUCAAAAUCUUUGAAUGUUAUUAAAAAACUUGAUUAA